GACGGAGUGCUGACGGGGGUUGCAGUUGGAGCUGUGUCUGUAUCUCAAACAGCAGCAGCACAAUAUGUGUGAGCUGUGAGGGGACAGAGCCCUAAUCCCCAUUAACCCUUUCAUUAUCUCUGGGCACAGUUGUGUCGCUGCCUUGUUGUGAAGUCGCCUGGCUGAGUGAUCUGCAGCCUGCAAGGGGUUCCGACACGACGAUAAGGGUCCCCUCUGGGGUGUCUCCUCUGGGGUGUCUGCUCCAAAUCCCUUUCUCUCUCCUCCCUCUAUCUCUCCUCUCUCUCUCUCCUCUUUCUCUCUGUCGCUAAGGGCUCCUCUCUUAUCCAUCAACACUAGCACCUCUCCAUUUGACCAGGCAUUCAUACAAUCCCAGGCUAUUUAAUAUUUUAAAACCAUAAACCAAGUGUCUUUUUUCUGUUCUUUAGAUUUUUUUCCAAAUUUUGGGGGUUUAUGUCCCAGAGUCUUAUUUUUGAAGAUGAGUUUUUAUCCAGAGGAUCCGGUGGUUGUCAUUGGGAGCAGUCUACCUCAGUAAGUGGGAAGCUAUCUGACAGAACCGGAGAGGAGUGCAGGAGAUCAGAGAGACAGGGGGAGAGAGAGAACACCCUCCCACCGAUACACUCAAAGGGUGGAGGAAGGGGUGUUAGGCAGUAGAGUAUGGCUGCCAUGGCGACUGUGCCCAGUUACACCCCUUCGCUGUGGGUAAGAGUGUGCCACGCUCUACCUCGGAUGGACCUCACCAUGACGAUGAGAGACAACCUCUUCAUCCCUGACAGUUGGGAGUACCAACAGACUCUCCUGGUCCUCUCCAGUCUCUCUGCCAUCGCUCUCAUUCUUUCCCUCCUUGUCAUUCUCUCAUUCCUUAUACACUACUGCUGCUGUCACCGUGGCGACCGGAGUGAGGGAUCAGAGGAAGAGGAAGAGGAUGAAGAUGGAAGCACGGGACAUGGAUACGGAAGCAGGAAGGGGCGGAGCAUCUGUUGCGUCACCUGGGUGUCGGUGGCGGCCGUCACACUGUGCUGUGUUGCCAUAGGCGUUGGUUUCUACGGUAACAGUGAGGCAAAUGAUGGGAUGUAUCAGUUGACCUCGUCUCUUCUCACAGCCAAUUACACGCUAGCUUCCAUUGAUCUGCUUGUUUCAGACACCAUCUCUGGGAUGCAGCUAUCCAUCGCUGGGCCCCUGACCACCAUGGAGGAGCUGUUCACAGGAAGUAAACCUUACCUGGUGUCCACUCGGAACUGUAGAAGACUGUCAGAGAACGUGGUGUCCCUGCUCAGCUCCUUGACCAUGGCCCGGGAUUCUGACGGGGGGGACUGGAACAAUAGUACCAGCAGCAUCGGGGGCCCCAUAGCGGCCCUGACCCCUGUACCCCCUUCCGCGGCCCCCACAGUUCCUUCGUCCGGUGGGGUCAUGCCAAGCCCGUUCUCCCCUGGCUGGGCAGCCAACACGCUGAUGGUGAAUGAGGACUACAGGUGGCUGUCCUACGUUCUGCUUUUGCUGCUGGACCUCAUAGUCUGCCUGUUCAUUCUGCUAGGCCUGGCCAAACAGGCCCGCUGGCUCCUCAUCCUGAUGACUGUGCUGGCCUGGCUGGCUCUGUUCCUCAGCUGGGGCUCCCUGGGCCUGGAGACAGCCACCGUGGUGGCUGUCAGUGACUUCUGUACAGACCCCAACACGUUUGUUCUCAACUCCACCCACUUCAACUCCGGGACCAGCUCAGACGUGUUGGAUUACUACCUGACCUGCAGCAGACGUUUGAACAGCCCGUUCCAGCAGCUGCUGACCCAGUCACAGAGGGCCCUGUCCAGCAUCCACACGCACCUCUCCAGCCUGGAGCGGAACGCUCUCCCACAGGUCCCCAAAGCAGAGAAAUCACUCAGGGAGGUUCAGCAGAUUCUUAACGCUACAGAGGCCAACUUUCACCAGCUGGUGGCUCUACUUAACUGUCGAGGUCUCAACAAGGAUUACAUUGACUCUUUGAAAGGCCUGUGCUAUGACGGGAUGGAGGGACUGCUCUAUCUCUCCCUCUACUCUUUCCUUUCGGCUCUUGCCUUCACCGCCAUCCUAUGUUCUCUGCCCGGUGCCUGGAGAAGCUUCCCAAGCGAUUCCGAGGAAUAUGAAGAUUCGGACAGCGAGAGCGAGGACCCCUUCACUUCCCAUCAGGCACGUAGACAGCCGGCCGUGGGGUCUCAGCGAGGGGCCUUGCCCCCCUUCUAUAAUUACCCGGGGGCCGGGUGGACUCCCCCCUUUUCUAGUGCGCCACCCCUCCCGACUCCAAACGUUUCCUCCAAUGGCAACCCUGGCUAUGAGAGCCUGCCCCUGACUGACAGGCAGUCCCCACCCCCCUCUUACUCUCCCAGCAUGCUGACUGGUUACGGGAGUAGUCAAUCACACCCCAACCCGGCCCAUUCAAGGAAUCUGUAUUCACGUUAAUUAUUUUUUUAUGUUUGGAAACAUAUUGAAAAUGUUUUGUUUUCAUAUGAAUGGACACUACUGAGAUGAAGAAAAACAGAACUAAUCUUAAAAAAAAAUUUCAUUAAAGGUGCGUAACGUCAGUACCAUGAUUAAAAGCACACAAAAACAGGGUUUAAUGGACUGCUGUAAAAACUCACAGUAAGCUAAAAGCAGAUACAUAUACAUAGCAUGAUUAUGCUAAGAGGCCUGAACCACCUUGGUCAGUCACCCUUUACAACCCCAUCUUUCUAGUGUCAAUGUAAACAGGUGAACCAGAAUGGUAUUGACGUUACUACAUUGUACUUCUAUAUUUUUUAAAUGUAUUACCACUUUAUUUUCAAGUUUUUAUAUCUAUUGUUGUAGAGAAGAACUGGCACAUAGCACAAGACACAUUUUACAGUGAAUGAAUAUGCAGUCUCCUCACUUGGUAUUCAACAUGGUAUUUUUUUUAAUUUACUUUUUAUAGGUGGCAAUUCUGUGUCUCCCUUGUAUUACCGUCUGAUACUAUACUGUAAACGUUCACUGUUGAUGUUAUCGAAAUAAUGAUGGACCGAUGCUCUUAAAAAUAACUAUUCCAAGGUUACAGUACCUCCUCUCUGUAGGCUAAAUGGAGAACUACAACUCCCAACUAGCCAAGAGACAAAACUACAAAUCCCAUUGAAUGGCAGCAGGUACAUAGCAAUACAUCUGCUGCUACUGGUGCUGCAGUAGCCCUACCGUAACUAGCAAUAAUAAAGAUCUAUAUAGCACUGGGUUUUUAAGGUCUCUAUAGGAUGUUAUGUAAAUAAAUAUAUGGUAUGUCAGAGAUUUCAUUGAACCCCCUUAUUUGCCUACUGACCUUGUUAACCCUUGAAUUGAGUUUGUAUGGUAUUAUCAAUGCUCCUUUUGAAUGGCAUCCUUUUUCACUCCAGAGUCUAAUAUAAAUAAAUUAAUAACAAUAACAGAAAGCA